GCGCGCUCGGGCACGCACGGCCUACCAGCGCCAGAGCGGGACGCGCGUGGCGGAGCCGGGCAAACCUUGAGAGCCGACAGUAGGCAUCCGCUAGGGUCGGUCCUCUGGAGUAGUUCCGCGCCGCACGUGUUUCCGCGCCCCACGUGCUUCCGCUUCGCUGCUGUUUGGAAUUCGCUUAGCUCCGGACACAGGGAUACUACUUCACCAUGCAUCGGAAGAAAGUGGAUAACCGGAUCCGGAUUCUCAUAGAGAAUGGGGUAGCUGAGCGGCAAAGGUCUCUCUUUGUUGUGGUUGGAGAUCGAGGAAAAGAUCAGGUGGUCAUACUUCAUCACAUGCUGUCCAAAGCAACCGUGAAGGCUCGGCCAUCGGUGCUGUGGUGUUACAAGAAAGAGCUGGGGUUUAGCAGUCACCGGAAGAAAAGAAUGCGUCAGCUGCAGAAAAAAAUAAAGAAUGGAACGCUGAACAUAAAGCAAGAUGACCCCUUUGAACUCUUUGUGGCCGCCACAAACAUCCGCUACUGCUACUACAGCGAGACUCACAAGAUCCUGGGCAACACCUUUGGCAUGUGUGUCCUCCAGGAUUUUGAAGCUUUGACUCCAAACUUGCUGGCUAGGACUGUUGAAACAGUGGAAGGUGGUGGGCUGGUGGUUAUCCUCCUGCGGACCAUGAAUUCACUCAAGCAGUUGUACACAAUGACCAUGGACGUGCAUUCAAGAUACAGGACCGAGGCCCAUCAGGACGUAGUGGGAAGAUUUAAUGAGAGAUUUAUUCUUUCUCUGACCUCUUGUAAGAACUGUCUUGUCAUCGAUGACGAGCUCAACAUCCUGCCCAUCUCCUCCCACGCUGCCAGCAUCGAGGCCCUACCUCCCCAGGCCCCGGAUGAGAGUCUCGGUCCCUCUGAUCUGGAGCUGAAGGAGUUGAAGGAGAGCUUGCAGGACACGCAGCCAGUGGGCGUGCUGGUGGACUGCUGCAGGACCCUGGACCAGGCCAAAGCUGUCUUGAAAUUCAUUGAGGGGAUCUCUGAGAAGACCCUGAGAAGUACCGUUGCGCUCACAGCCGCCCGAGGAAGGGGGAAAUCUGCGGCCCUGGGGUUGGCUAUUGCUGGGGCAGUGGCUUUUGGGUACUCCAAUAUCUUUGUUACCUCCCCAAGUCCUGAUAACCUCCACACCCUGUUUGAAUUUGUGUUUAAAGGGUUUGAUGCGCUGCAGUAUCAGGAGCAUCUGGAUUAUGAGAUUAUUCAGUCUCUGAAUCCUGAAUUUAACAAAGCAGUGAUCCGAGUGAACGUGUUCCGAGAACACAGGCAGACCAUCCAGUAUAUACACCCCGCAGACUCUGUGAAACUGGGCCAGGCUGAACUUGUUGUGAUUGAUGAAGCCGCCGCCAUCCCCCUGCCCCUGGUGAAAAGCCUCCUGGGCCCCUACCUUGUUUUCAUGGCAUCCACCAUCAACGGCUAUGAGGGCACCGGCCGGUCCCUGUCCCUGAAGCUCAUUCAGCAGCUCCGCCAGCAGAGCGCCCAGAGCCAGAUCAGCACCACCGCCGAGAACAAGACCACGACGACAGCCAGGCUGGCCUCAGCGCGAACGCUGCACGAGGUGUCCCUGCAGGAGUCCAUCCGCUACGCCCCUGGGGACGCGGUGGAGAAGUGGCUGAACGACCUGCUGUGCCUGGACUGCCUCAACAUUACCCGGAUCGUGUCGGGCUGCCCCCUGCCCGAGGCCUGCGACCUCUACUAUGUUAACAGAGACACCCUCUUCUGCUACCACAAGGCCUCCGAAGUCUUCCUCCAGCGGCUCAUGGCCCUCUAUGUGGCUUCGCACUACAAGAACUCGCCCAACGAUCUCCAGAUGCUGUCGGAUGCACCUGCCCACCAUCUCUUCUGCCUCCUGCCUCCCGUGCCCCCCACCCAGAACUCCCUUCCCGAAGUGCUGGCUGUCGUCCAGGUGUGCCUGGAGGGGGAGAUUUCUCGCCAGUCCAUCUUGAGCAGCCUGUCUCGAGGGAAGAAGGCUUCGGGAGACCUGAUUCCGUGGACAGUGUCAGAACAGUUCCAAGAUCCAGACUUCGGUGGUCUUUCAGGUGGAAGGGUCGUUCGCAUUGCUGUUCACCCGGAUUAUCAAGGGAUGGGCUACGGGAGCCGAGCUCUGCAGCUGCUGCAAGUGUACUAUGAAGGCAGGUUCCCGUGCCUUGAGGAGAAGGUGGUUCAGGCAUCACAAGAAAUCCACACCGUCAGCAGCGAGGCUGUCAGCUUGCUGGAAGAAGUUGUCACCCCCCGGAAGGACCUGCCUCCCUUGCUCCUCAAGUUGAACGAGAGGCCUGCCGAGCGCCUGGAUUACCUGGGCGUGUCCUAUGGCUUGACCCCCAGGCUCCUCAAGUUCUGGAAACGAGCUGGGUUUGUUCCUGUUUACCUGAGACAGACCCCGAAUGACCUGACUGGAGAACACUCGUGCAUCAUGCUGAAGACGCUGAGCGACGACGGCGAGGCUGACCAGGGAGCCUGGCUCGCGGCCUUUUGGAAAGAUUUCCGAAGGCGGUUCCUAGCUCUGCUGUCCUACCAGUUCAGCACCUUCCCUCCUGCCCUGGCUCUGAACAUCAUUCAGAACAGGAACAUUGGGCAGCCGGCACAGCCAGCCCUGCGCCGGGAGGAGCUGGAAGCCCUGUUUCUCCCCUACGACCUGAAGAGGCUGGAGAUGUAUUCACGCAGCAUGGUUGACUACCACCUCAUCAUGGACAUGAUCCCGGCCAUCUCCCGGCUGUAUUUCCUGAACCAGCUGGGUGAUCUGGCGCUGUCCGCUGCCCAGUCGGCUCUCCUCUUGGGGCUUGGCCUGCAGCAUAAGUCCGUGGACCAGCUGGAAAAGGAGAUUGACUUGCCCGCAGGCCAGCUGAUGGGACUUUUCAACCGGCUCAUCCGCAAAGUCGUGAAGCUCUUCAGCGAAGUGCAGGAGAAGGCCAUUGAGGAGCAGAUGGUGGCCGUGAAGGAUGUGGUCAUGGAGCCCACGAUGAAGACGCUGAGCGAUGACCUGGAUGAAGCAGCAAAGGAAUUCCAGGAGAAGCACAAGAAGGAAGUGGGGAAGCUGAAGAACAUGGACCUCUCGCAGUACGUCAUCCGUGGGGACGACGAAGAGUGGAACGAGGUCUUAAACAAAGCCGGGCAGAACGCCUCGAUCGUCAGCCUGAAAAGUGACAAGAAAAGGAAAUUGGAAGCCAAACAAGAACCCAAACAGAACAAAAAGUUGAAGAAAAACAGAGAUCCGAAGCACAGAAAAGACAUGAAACUUAAGCGGAAGAAGUAGUGCAGAGGAACCGGGCGCCGGCAGCUGGCCUGCGUGUGGGGAGCCUGACUUUCCGAACUGCCUGUGGCCGGGCCAGCGGCGGCCACACUGCCCACGCAGCAGGAGCCUGCAUCAGGCCCGGAGGCUGGCCUGGAAUUCGGCGUGUGGACCGAGCCCCAUGCACUGAAGUCGCUUCUGAACAGGUCUGCGUGGAACUCGAUGGGUGGGCAAGCCUCUCUCUCCCGCCCCCAGUCCUGGCCUUCCUGCCCUGUAUGUUCUUGUUUUGUGUUGGGCCUAGCUGUUUUUACCCCUUCCCACGUGUGUAGAAGCCACGCUGAUCCUUGUCCCUUCUCAAGAGUUACUUGCUCUGCUGCCUGGUGAUGCCCAGGAGGCUGCUGGUGGAGCCCUGGGCCUCUCAUUGUGGACUUGUCCGAAGGCCCAGGGCCUGGAGCAGUGGGAGCGCCGGCGCCCCCAGGUGGUGUGGCGGGCCACUGUCGGGUGCACUGGGGUCGCACUGCUGUGUCCCACUCAUUCCUGGCCCAGCAGGCCUGCUUGCUGCCCCCGCGCCCCGGAGAGCCUGACCUCGUCCUCAGUUAGGAGGUGUUUGGAUCCCCCACACUUACUGUUCCACGUCUGGGAAGCAGUGCUGGGAAAGGACCCCUUCGCUGGCGCGGGUGAGGGGGACGGGGGUCUGUUUUUAAUAAAUGACGUUCU